ACAGAAAAUUACUGUCGUUGGUGAGGCAUCAAUGGCUUCGGAAGGACAAAAAGAUCUUCCUGUUCGCCCUGCUAGUGAAACCAAAAUGGAGCAAAAGUCCAGCUCCUUGCCUGAUCCCUUCAUCGAGCGAAACAAGCUCUUCGAAGAGCUGUGGCAGCAACAUCUCAAAGAGCUUGCGGAGAAGCCUCGAUCUGAUAUAACAAUUACACUUGAUAUUGGUGACGGAAACCCUUCAACGGUAAUUGGCAAAUCCUGGGAGUCCACCCCCGGGUCGUUUUUGAAGGAUGUCCCAAAAGAAAUCAGCGCCAAUAUUGUAAUUGCGAAGAUUGACGACAAGGAACUGUGGGAUCUCAAUCGCCCGUUGGAGAGGGACUGCAAGCUCUCUUACCUUCCUUUUGACCAUCCAGAAGGACGAGAUGUUUUCUGGCAUUCAAGUGCUCACUGUCUAGGAGAAGCUUGCGAACUCGAGUUUGGUUGUCUUCUAUCGCACGGUCCACCCACUCCCCAGGGUUUCUUCUACGACAUGGCUAUGCCAAAUGGGCGCGCCGUUCUCCCAUCGGACUGGGCACCACUCGAUAAGAAAGCAAACCAGAUCUUCAAGGAACGCCAAAGCUUCGAUCGACUUGAAGUUAGCAAGGAAAAUCUUAAGAAGAUGUUCGCUUACAGCAAAUAUAAACUGCACUACAUAAACAACCUUGUGGAGGGAGAGAAGAGUACUGUUUAUCGCUGCGGAACCUUAGUCGAUCUUUGUCGCGGACCUCAUAUUCAGAACACAAACAAAAUCAAGGCCUUUAAAAUCAUGCAAAACUCCUCCGCUUAUUUCCUCGGUGAUCAAUCAAACGACUCUUUACAGCGAAUCAGAGGUGUUGCUUUCCCAGAUAAGAAUGGCAUGAAGGAGCAUUUGAAAUUCCUUGAGGAGGCUGAAAAGCGUAACCACCAGAAAAUUGGCAAGGAACAGGAGCUUUUCUUCUUUGACGAUGUCUCUCCUGGGUGCCCUUUCCUUCUUCCUCAUGGCACAAAGAUCUUCAACGCAUUACAGAAACUCUUACGGGCAGAGUAUCGCAAACGCGGAUACCAAGAGGUGCAGACACCCAAUAUGUACGAUGUGGGUAUUUGGAAGACCUCGGGACAUUGGGCGCACUACUCGGAUGAUAUGUUCAAGUUGGACGUUGAGAAGCGAGAAUGGGCUUUGAAACCCAUGAACUGCCCAGGUCAUUUCAUGCUUUUCGGUCACCGCGAGAGGAGUUAUCGAGAGCUACCUCUGAGGAUCGCUGACUUCGGUGUGUUGCAUAGAAAUGAGGCUUCUGGAGCUCUACAUGGCCUCACGCGUGUGCGCAAGUUCCAGCAAGACGACAGUCAUAUUUUCUGUACCUCGGAACAGAUAACUUCUGAGAUCGAAGGAAUUUUCGACUUCCUGAAAUCCGUCUAUGGUCUCUUUGGCUUUACUUUCAAACUAAAACUAUCUACUCGCCCAGAAAAGUACAUGGGUGAGCUGGAGGCAUGGAAUUAUGCAGAAGAGCAGCUUCGCCAGGCAUUGAACAAUUUCAAGGGAGAUGACUGGGAGAUUAAUGAAGGUGAUGGUGCUUUCUAUGGUCCUAAAAUCGAUAUUACUAUCUCAGACGCGCUCAAGCGGGACUUCCAAUGUGCUACAAUUCAACUCGAUUACCAAGCACCGAUCAACUUCAAGUUAGAAUACAUCACCAACGAAAAGCAAGCUGGUUCGGAUGCCAAAGCCAACAAGGACGACACAGAGAAGGCCAAGGAAUCAAAUGCGAAUCGUGCGCGCCCAGUUGUUAUCCACCGUGCUAUUAUUGGCAGCUUCGAACGGUUCUUGGGUAUCCUGAUUGAGCAUUUCGCUGGUAAAUGGCCAUUCUGGCUUAGCCCUCGUCAAAUCUUGAUUGUCCCUGUUAUGCCGGCACUCAAUGAUUACGCAAAAGAACUCCAAGAAAAUUUAUUGGCUGAUAAGUUCAACGUUGACGUGGAUGUCAGCGGAAACACUCUACAAAAGAAGAUUCGUACAGGUCAAUUGGCCCAAUACAAUUUUAUUUUCGUUGUUGGCGCACAAGAAAAGGAAAGCCGAUCGGUCAACAUUCGCAACCGGGAUGACCCGAGUUCCCAUGCUAAAGGCGAAUUGAUCUCUCUCGAGGAAGCUCGCGUCAAGCUAAAGGCUCUCCGCAAAGAGCGUAGACUUGUUAACGCACUGUAACUGAGACAAGACUGACGGAACACAAAUCGGCAUACGGUUGGGCCUAACGGCAGCAUUGAAAGAAAUAUUAGUAAAAUCAGUCAUUGUGGUUUUCUAACAGCUAUGUUAUCGAACUUUAGAACAAAAUAUAUUCAUUAGUUUAUAUACC